GUACGUAUCAAGGCUAGCCUCGCCGCUGGGUUUUGCCGAGACCGACACUCCGAGCGACGGGGACGAUUCCAUUUUUUUGAGAGCUUCUCAGUCGCCAUCAUAUCAACCUUUUGUCUCCCUCACUCUAACCCUCUCCUCCUCUGACUCUGACUCGUCCGUCCUACAUCCCAAGGUCGAAUUCUUCACGAGCGUUUCUCUUUUUUCUCCUUUGCUUGUAAUUCUCCCCAUAUACCCCCUCUUAAUUCCACAAUCAUGCAGCGCGCAUUGAGCACCCGGGCUCGGGCUUCCGUCCUCUCCUCAGCGGCUACCAAGUACCGAGCUGGCAGCCUCAGCCAGCAGGUCCGAUUUGCUCACAAGGAGCUCAAGUUCGGCGUCGAGGGCCGUGCUGCUCUCCUCGCUGGUGUCGAUACCCUCGCUAAGGCUGUUGCUACUACACUCGGUCCUAAGGGCCGAAACGUCCUCAUUGAGUCCAGCUUUGGAUCUCCCAAGAUCACCAAGGGUUCGUAGAAGCCCCAUUAACCAUUUUCAAGCUUCCAGCUAACUUAUUACAGAUGGUGUGACCGUUGCCCGCGCUGUCAGCCUCAAGGACAAGUUCGAGAACCUUGGUGCCAAGCUCCUCCAAGAUGUUGCUUCCAAGACCAACGAGGUUGCCGGUGACGGUACCACCACCGCUACCGUUCUCGCCCGUGCCAUCUUCUCCGAGACCGUCAAGAACGUUGCCGCUGGCUGCAACCCUAUGGACCUCCGCCGCGGUAUCCAAGCUGCUGUUGAGGCCGUCGUCGAGUUCCUCCAGAAGAACAAGCGUGAUAUUACCACCAGCGCUGAGAUCGCUCAGGUCGCUACCAUCUCCGCCAACGGUGAUGUCCACAUCGGCCAGAUGAUUGCCAACGCCAUGGAGAAGGUCGGCAAGGAGGGUGUCAUCACCUGCAAGGAGGGGAAGACCGUUGCCGAUGAGCUCGAGGUCACCGAGGGUAUGCGAUUCGACCGUGGCUUCGUCUCCCCCUACUUCAUCACCGACACCAAGUCCCAGAAGGUCGAGUUUGAGAACCCUCUCAUCCUCCUCUCCGAGAAGAAGAUCUCUGCUGUUCAGGACAUCAUCCCCGCUCUUGAGGUCUCUACCCAGCAGCGACGACCUCUUGUCAUCAUUGCUGAGGACAUUGAGGGUGAGGCCCUCGCUGUCUGCAUUCUGAACAAGCUCCGUGGCCAGCUCCAGGUUGCUGCUGUCAAGGCCCCUGGCUUCGGUGACAACCGCAAGUCCAUCCUCGGCGAUCUUGCUAUCCUCACCGACGGUACUGUCUUCACUGAUGAGCUUGACAUCAAGCUUGACAAGGCCACCCCUGACAUGCUUGGCUCCACCGGUUCUAUCACUAUCACAAAGGAGGACACCAUUGUCCUGAACGGCAGCGGCAGCAAGGACGCUAUUGCUCAGCGAUGCGAGCAGAUCCGUGGCGUCAUUGCUGACCCUACCACCUCUGAGUAUGAGAAGGAGAAGCUCCAGGAGCGUCUUGCUAAGCUCUCUGGCGGUGUUGCCGUCAUCAAGGUUGGUGGCUCCUCUGAGGUUGAGGUCGGUGAGAAGAAGGACCGAUUCGUCGAUGCCCUGAAUGCCACCCGUGCCGCCGUUGAGGAGGGUAUCCUGCCCGGUGGUGGUACUGCCCUCAUCAAGGCCUCUGCCCACGCUCUCAACGAGGUUCCUACUGCCAACUUCGACCAGCAGCUCGGUGUCAGCAUCGUCAAGAACGCCAUUACACGCCCUGCCCGAACCAUCAUCGAGAACGCCGGUCUUGAGAGCUCCGUUGUUGUCGGUAAGCUCACUGACGAGCACGCUGGUGACUUCAACAAGGGUUUCGAUAGCUCCAAGGGCGAGUACGUUGACAUGAUCAACGCCGGUAUCCUUGACCCCUUCAAGGUCGUCCGCACUGGUCUCAUCGAUGCUAGCGGUGUUGCCUCUCUUCUGGGUACCACUGAGGUUGCCAUCGUCGACGCCCCUGAGGAGAAGGGACCUGGUGGUCCUCCUAUGGGUGGCAUGGGCGGCAUGGGAGGAAUGGGCGGUAUGGGAGGUAUGAUGUAAAAGAAGGAAUAAUAUGACUUUAUGUUGUGCUGUAUCACUAAAAAGCUGGACGGAUGAAUGGCGCACAAUGGUUUGCGUGUUAUCUUGGGACGGGUAAAGUGGUCUUGCAAGCUCAUCUCCUCUCUAUCGGUUGUCGGACCAUGGCAUUUGUCUUCAUACCCCUUACGGAUUUUCAGGCUAGAUUUUGAAAGCCAUGUAUUAUAGCAUCGAUUGUAGCAUUAGCAUGAAAAGAUAUGAGAUACUAAAAGUUUAAAAAAAGAGAGGCAAGAAACAAAAGCAUUGAAACACCUGGUCUCUUAUCUUUUAUGUGA